CAGUAGUCUGCUAUAGAUCUGAAAUGUGAACAGCUCAGUUAUAAAUCUGCUGUGGACAGACAACUACAUUAUUUCUAUUACAAGAAGCUACACGUAGUACACUUCAUUUUUAAAUAGAUAUCAUACGCCAAACAAAAUAUUCCAACAUGAGUUAUAUUUCUAAAAUAAUUGAUGUGACCGAAUUAGGUUUACCUGUUAUUAAUUAUAAUAGCUUCUUUCACGAAAACAUUUGCCACGUCUGCAAGAAACUAAACAAUGGAUAUUUUAUAUCAUGUAAUGAGUGCGAUAUGAUCUCUUAUUGCACUCGUGAACACAGAUUAUUGCAUCGUCCACAACAUAUGCAGAUUUGUGAAUAUAUAAACCGAUUUUUACGAGAGAAUGAAAUACGUCGAGACUGUGCUUUAAGUUUAACUAAUUGGAUCACGUUAAGACAACAAUUUCUAAGCUCAAUUAAAAAAUGGAUUCCACGUAAGCUAAAGCCGUAUGAAGAACAGAUGAUUCUUUUUGCAAAAUCAUGCUCUAUUUGUCAUAGACAGAUUAAUUUGUUACACUGUACAACGUGUUAUUCGGAAUAUUAUUGUAUUGACCAUGUACAGAUAUUUCAAGGUUUGCAUGAGCAAAAAUGCCAACAGUUUGUUUUAUAUAUCAACACUAAUAUCGUGACUAGUGUACACAAAUUCACUGACAUAAAAUUCACUAAACUUAUAAAAAUACCUUUUAGUCAAAGAAUAUCUUUUAAUGACAUGAAUACAUUUAUUAGAUUAUAUGGGCGUCCUACCGGAAGAUACAACAGUAUAGCUGCAAUAUAUUAUAAAUAUUUCUACUGUGAUUAUGUAUCAGGACCGCUAACAUUAUAUUAUGGAAUGAAGAAUGCUGGUUUGCUAGAACCAGUUAUUUCAACCGCACGUUUAACACUUGAUUUUAAAUACGUUAUUCACGUGGUAGCACUAAAUUCUUUAGAAAAGGAAUAUAUAAAUGCUUGGGAAAUAUUUAUACAUCUCACGCGUUACAUAAAGGAUCUAACAAUUAUACUAGUAGGACCAAAUUUUGAGCAGGAACAUUAUGACAAAGAACUUUGUUCUUUCUGCAAGCACAGAUGUACAAUGCUUCAUAUUGAAAUUUAUAGUACAUUUUACCAUAUGUAUGUGGCCGGUCCGUCUUUUAAAAAACCAAAUAUAAUUGUAGAAUUUCAAGCAGAUUUUAGUAAUGAGUGGACAUGUUCGCGGAGCAUAUUUUUAUCACGGAUUAGACACUGUCCGUUAAUUUUAACUACCACAUCGGAAGAAAAAGCACAACAGAACGUGUCUAUUUUAAAACAAAUUUUAGGUUCGCAUAUACAUCCUCUCUAUAAUACUCCAAAUCCUUUUAGAUCUUGGAGGCCAUGGCGAGAUUUGGAGACUGAUUCUGUAUAUUUUCGUAAUGAUUAUGUAACUUUCUAUUGUAACACAAGUAUUUUAUGAAGAACAUACUGAAUGGUUUAGAGCAUUUGAAUAAGAUUUUAGCAUAUAUAAUAUAAAAUAUGUGUUGUUUGUACAAUCGAAUUAUGAAUAUUUUAAUAAAAGGCACUUUUCAUUGUACUUGCGAUGUUUCUAUUUAAUAGUCAUUCAUAAUAAUAAACGAAUAUAUUAGAUACAUAGAAACUUCUUAAAAUAGAACGUUUAAUUUGAGUAGGAAAGUAACAGCUUGAAAAAUUGAUUUUAAAAAUAGGAUGCAAAUAUUACAGUAUAAAAUUCAUAUUUGGAUUAUUAAAAAUUGUUUUAUAACGUGUUUAAAUCUAGUGUAUAUUCUUGCACAUUCUAUUUGCGUAAUAAAUACGGAAAGUUAAAAUUUAUGAGCGUUGCAACACGAUUACACAAUGUUUUAACAGUACAUGUUAUCUUUAAUUAAGAAUCAAUAUUCUGAUGUGGAAAUACGGAGCAAAAAUGCUGUAUGAAUUGUAAAAAAAAAAUUUUUGGCUUACCAUAAAUUAAAUUUAAAAAGCCUAAUAAAUUUUAUAUUCACCAUUAGUAUUCGAUUCACCAUAA